AUGUCGACCAGUGUGGUGAAGAAGGCCGCGUCCAAGAAUGCGAGACGUCGGGCCUUGAAGAAGGAGAAGAAGGCCGAAGUUGCAGCGACACCGACUCCAGCACCAGAGGUUGUUGAUGAGGCCCCAGUACCGGAAGGCUCCAACGACGCGACCGAUACCGAGAACGCUUACCUUGCCCUCAUCGAUUUCGACCCUGAGGACCCAGUUUACCAACAAUUCAAGGACACUCUAGAGAAGUUCGACAACGUUGCUAUCGAGGAGAAGUCAAAGGAGGCGGAGAAGCCACAGAUCUACUAUGGUGACGAUGACGACGAGAUACAGGAUGAGGAGCAGGAGCAGCAGACAGAGGUCAAGCUGUCAAAAAAGGCGAGGAAGGCGCUGAACAAACUGUCGAUUGCUGAACUGAAAGCCAUCGUCGACAAGCCCGAGCUGGUCGAGUGGACCGAUACUUCCGCUCCAGAUCCUCGACUCCUCGUCGCCAUCAAGUCCCAACGGAACGUUGUACCUGUCCCUAGCCAUUGGUCACUCAAGCGCGAGUAUCUGUCCUCAAAGCGGGGCAUAGAGAAGCCUCCUUUUGCUCUUCCCAAGUUCAUUCUGGAGACGGGCAUUGCUGAGAUGCGAGAUGCAAUUCUCGAAAAGCAGCAGGAUGCUUCGUUGAAGCAAAAGGCACGAGAACGGGUCCAGCCAAAGAUGGGCAAGUUGGACAUUGACUACCAAAAACUCCAAGACGCCUUCUUCCUACGCCAGACGAAGCCAGAAAUGACGCGGUACGGCGAGGUCUACUACGAAGGCAAGGAGUACGAGACAAACUUGAAGAACAUGCGACCUGGUGAGCUGAGUGAAGAGCUGAAAGACGCGCUUGGCAUGCAGCCGGGUUACCCACCGCCAUGGCUGAUCGCCCAACAGCAACAUGGGCCGCCGCCGUCAUAUCCCACUCUAAAGAUUCCUGGUCUGAACGCAGCUCCACCGCCUGGUCAACAAUGGGGAUUUCAACCUGGCGGAUACGGUAAACCGCCGGUUGACCAAUUCACCAAUAUGCCGAAGUACGGAGGCGAUAUCCUUGGCCUUGUCGAACCGCAACAACAGAAACUGCGUUCUGGUGAGCCUGUGGAGAAGACAAUCUGGGGUGAACUGCUUGCUCCGGGAGUGGGCGACUCAGACGAUGAACAGGAGGAGGAAGAAGAAGAAGCAGACUCGGACGAUGAAGAUGCAGAGGACGAAGGCGGCGCGGGCGAUGGUCUGCAGACUCUAAACGGACUCGCUACUCCAAGUGGCAUUGCUUCUACUGCCCCAUCCGAAUUCGCUGCUGAGAGCAUUGCUGGUGAGUUCACACUACGCAAGCAGCGUAGAGGUACCGAAACGGAAGACUCGACGGCACCUCGUAGCGCCUAUCAAGUCCUCCCUGAGCACAGCAUCCGAGCCCAGGGUUUCUUUGGUGGUGACCGUGCAUAUGACCUCAAGAGUGCGCAGGGAACUCGUAAUAUCCCUAUGCUAGGAGAAGAGCCAAAGGGCAGGAAGCGCAAAGCGGAUGAUGUCGAUAUCUCGGUCGACCCUGAUGCGUUGGCAAGAGAUGACAGGCUGGACAAGGAUGCACUCAAGAAGCGUUACGAGGCUGAACGCAAGGCAGAGGCAGCGAAGAAGUUCGGAGGUAUCGAUCAAGACGACUUGAGUGCUAUGAUUGCUGAAGAGAGCCACAAGAGGCAGAAGAAGGAUGCGGAGAGGAGGAGCAGGCGCUAG